AACUCAUUACAGUCCCGCGGCCGCGGAGAAUCGAGGGUCUUCUAGUUGUCAUUGUCGGGUCGAGAGAGAGAAAUGGAUGCUGCGAAGGUUGCAGAGCUGAAGCUCUUCGUCAAUCUAUUGAAAUCAAACCCAGCAAUUCUCGAUGAUCCUUCUUUGGAUUUCUUCAAGAGUUAUCUCCAAAGCCUUGGAGCUCGAAUUCCAAAAGUCCCUAAAUCUGAUGAAAGUGAUGAUGACAUAAAAUCUACUGAUGCUCCUAAGCCUAAUUUAUCGACAGAAAAGGAUGAUAUUGAUGACGAGAUUGUUGAAUCAGAUAUUGAACUGGAUAACAGUGAUGUUAUAGAACCUGAUAACGAGCCUCCACAAAAGAUGGGAAAUCCCUCUGUCGAAGUUACGGAAGAAAAUUGGGAUGCUGCUCAAUUGGCCAAAGGGAAAGCUAUGGAGGCAAUUUCUGAAGGCAAACUGGAUGAAGCCAUUGAACAUCUAACAGAAGCUAUCUUGUUGAAUCCAGGUUCAGCUAUUCUAUAUGCAACUAGAGCUAGUGUCUUUGUUAAGAUGAACAAACCAAAUGCUGCAAUCCGGGAUACAGAUGUGGCUUUACAGAUAAAUCCUGAUUCAGCAAAAGGGUACAAAUUUCGAGGAAUGGCAAGGGCCCUGUUGGGGCAGUGGGAAGAGGCUGCCAGGGAUCUGCAUGUAGCAUCUAAAUUGGAUUAUGAUGAAGAAAUUGGUUCAGUGUUAAAGAAGGUUGAACCUAAUGCACACAAAAUUGAAGAGCAUAACAGAAAAUAUGAGCGCUUGAGGAAAGAAAGAGGACUAAAGAAAGCUGGAUGUGAAAGGCAACACCGGCAAGCUGAAGCCAAAGGCCAAGAAGCUGCUUUUGCUUUACAUGAUGGACAUGUUCUUAGCAUUCACUCUGCUAGUGAAUUAGAAACAAAGUUCAAUGCUGCAUCAAGCUUAUCUCGUUUAGUGAUCCUGUAUUUCACUGCAUCAUGGUGUGGUCCCUGCCGCUUCAUGUCUCCUGUUUAUGAAAGCCUAGCAGGAAAAUAUUCACAAGUUGUUUUCCUGAAAGCUGACAUUGAUGAGUUGAGAGAUGUUGCUGCACGAUGGAAUAUUAGCAGUGUUCCAACCUUUUUCUUCAUAAGAAAUGGAAAGGAGAUUGACAAGGUAAUAGGAGCAGAUAAGAGUGGCCUUGAAGGAAAGAUUGCCCAGUAUGCUAGCCAGUCCUAAGUGGGUCUUACAUGCAUGCACCUGGUUUCUCCUGCUAGGGGAAAGCUUCAUCAAUAUGGAUUUGAUCUUAUACUUGGGAUUCCUGGAAACUAACUUCUUCACAUGGUCCACAUUGUCUUUCUAUUGUUGGUUCUCUUGUUGAAUUGUGUUACUGUUUAUAAGAACAAUGCUUGAACAUCGCUAAAAGCUUGUGUGUUGUGUACGAUGGGAAUCUGUUGUUCUAUUGAUAUAGAAGCAUUGAACUUGGCCUCGAAAGAAGUUGAACAUAAGUUUCAGGGACAACCA